GCCCGACCUUCUUGGUCACUCGCUAUUGCGAGUCAUGCGAGGUUUGUCGACGUUGCAAAUCACACAAUCAUUGUCUGUACGGCGAGUUGCGACCAUUACCGGUACCCUUGUGCCAAAGGGAAACGAUUGCGAUGGAUAUCACCGGGUCGUUCCCCAAGCACAAGCCUGGUGUGCAUGGGAUUCUCACGGUGGUCAACCGACUCACCAAGUUCGCCAUGUUAUUGCCUUACCGGUAUCAUGCCAAGGCAUCAGAGUUAGCCGAGGUUCUUUACGCCGGUUCGAUUCGGACCAAGGGUUGCCCCAAGGAAAUCGUUUGCGACCGCAACACUCGGUUCAUGUCCGUGUUUUGGUUGGAGCUCAUCAAACAAUGGGGCUCAUCUCUCAAGCUGAGUCUGGCUCGCCACCCCCAAACCAAUGGCCAAAUAGAGAGGGCGCAUCAGAUCAUACAGGUUCUCCUACGCCCUCUCAUCCGUCCUGACCAAAAGGAUUGGGUUGAGCGACUGCCGGAUAUCGAGUUGGCAUACAACUCGUUCAUUCAUCCGACUAUCGGGAUGUCGCCCUUUGAGUUCGAGCAUGGCUCGCCAGUCACUUCUCCAUUGGACACGAUCAUCGAGUUGGCAUACAACUCAUCCAUUCAUCCGGCUAUUGGGAUGUCUCCCUUUGAGUUCGAGCAUGGCUCGCCAGUCACUUCUCCGUUGGACACGAUCAUCCCAUGGGUGGCUGAGAGCGACAACCAUCUUCUUUUCUUGCGUCGGAUGCAAGAGCUACUUGUGAAGGCACGCGACCAGAUGUCAAAGACGCAGCAACGCAUGAGCCAACAUGAAAUGGAGCAAGUUGCACCAAGACCAGAUGCUGGCGAGUCCAGCAGUGCACCCUCUACCCGCCAAUGGGAGGAACGAGUUGACCACGUAGUCGCAAUGCUCGGCGACAUCAGCACCUUCGUUGCACCAGCCACCAUCAGCAAGCAGCUGGACACCUUGAAGGCCGAGGUUCAGCAACUACACCAGCGGCCCAACAAGGAUGGCAACACCAGUGCGCAGCACUACAAGAUGUCGAUAUUCCAAAUCGAAAAGUUCGAUGAUUAUACUCAUCAAGACCCGGUCCCCUGGUGGGAGGGCUUUAUGACGCAACUUUGGAUUCUUUUCGUCCCCAAGCACUCGUACAUCGGCGCGUUGUUCCUCAACUCAAAGGGCGGAUGCCAGAUCUGGCUCAGCCACCUGGCAACCAUUCACGGCGUCCAGGUCGCAGAUCUGCAUGAGAAGAUCUCUUGGGAGGAGUUAACGAGGCUAUGGAAGAAGCGGUUCAUCGUGGAUGACGCCCUGGCGCUCGCCAUCAACCGCCUCUUCGCCAUGACGCAAGGCAACACAUCGACACGCGACUGGCUCACGGAAUGGCAAAAGAUCGCGGCAACGCCCGAUCUCGAAUUGCCAUUUUCGCAUCUGCACCGAGAGCUCUACAACUGGUCAUGUGCCGCCUUAAGACGUGCACUUGGUGAUCGCGAGCAAUACACGACCUUCGCUGAAAUCAUCGACAAGGCAAGGGAGAUCAUCGACUGGUCAUGUGCCGCCGUAAGCCGUGCACUUGGUGAUCUGCACACGAGAAGUGGCCGUUGUCCAGCCGCGAAGCAACAACAACUCCCGAGGAAAAGGGAAGGCGAAAACCGCAUCGCCGACCGGAAACGGACAGCCAGCACCAUGGGUCAAGUUUCACUUGACCGAGGCCGAAUACAAGUGGCGCGGCCGGUAUGGCUGCUGCUAUUGGUGCAACAGCACCAAGCACAAGACCUCCCAAUGCCCAGAUCAAGGCAAGGAGGAUGUUCGGCCUCGCAUCAACUCGGGAAACUGAGUUGCACGGGAGGUGAGGCGACCCCACCUCUCACUCCGCCAGAUUCGACCGCCUUGCUAGCGGCCUCCUACACAUCUGGGGAGGAUGCGAAUGUCGCAAGUCCUCGGUUCACUUAUGAGGAUUAUGCUGUCCACUUGGUCCCACCGUUGGACCAACCCCUCCACGUGCAACAAUCCACCGCAUGCACAGUUUCAUCACCAUCGGUAACCGAUUCGGCAGCUUCGCCGCCAUCUAUCGCCGGGGAUUCGACGUCAUGGUCAAGACUUGAAGAGCUCGACCCAUUGACGUUUGCGGACUUCCAAUGGAUGCCCCUUCCCCCGUUCGGUCGAUUGUCGAAACCGCAUUGCAACGUGCUCAUGGCACAAUUGCGGGAUUACUUGCACACUGCAGUACCAACUCCGUUGAUGGACGCCGGAGUAGAGGUUGUCAACCUUCACGACUACGUUGCGAAGAUCGACCGCGAGUUCAAGACACAACGGUACGACGACAUCGACGCGCCAUUGUUGUACAUACGCAUUCAGAUCGGAGAGGCGACCUGCAUUGCUUUGAUCGAUUGCGGAGCUACUCGCAACUACAUGAGCCAAGACUUUAUGGUACGUGCUGGCCUUGGGCCACGUGUUCGGAGGAAGUCGCAGCCCACGCAACUCACGUUGGCCGACGGUCACAUGCACAAGUCAAUCGACCGGUGCAUUGAUGUCGUCCCCGUGUACUUUGCCCCACAUGCAAGCGAGGCCGUGUCCUUCGACAUUUUGAACACCAAGUUCGACAUGAUCUUGGGCAUGUCAUAGCUGAGAAGCGAGGAUCACCCGGUGAACUUCUACCACCGCACCGUUCACGUUUGUGAUCGGAACGGAGUACUAGUCCCAUGCACGG